UAUGAGGGGGAUCUUUGUCUUUGUGUGUACAGGUGUAGUGUGUGCGCAGGUGUGAGUGUAUAAAGGGGAGCUGGGAGGAGUUCCGGGUUCAGCUGUUUGCUGUUUGUCGCUGUUGCUGUUUGCUCGCUCGCUCGCUAUGAAGGCCGCGGUCAUCUCGCUCGUGGUGAUGGUGGUGGCGGUGAUGAUGGUGGCUGUGGGGGAGGGCCAGGACAUCCAGAAGAGUGAAGGACAGGAGAGAGAAGCUGACUGCUCUUCCUUCUCCGCGAUGCUCCCGGGCUGUCCCAGGAACUUUGCCGCCGUCUGUGGCUCAGACGGCCGCGAAUACCCCAACGAGUGCACGCUCUGUGCACACAACCUGGAGAAUUCUGCGUCUGUGCGGGUGUCUCACGACGGCGCCUGCUGAGGCAGCGCCUCUGGAGGUCACCGGUGGGGGUCACCGGCGGGGGUCACCGGUGGGGGUCACCGGCGGGGGUCACCGGCGGGGGUCACCGGUGGGGGUCACCGGUGGGGCACGCGGAGGACGGCGUGGAGACCAUCACUCCGUUUCUUACACAACCCGUGCCACAUACACACACACAUACACUCACUCAUACACUCACUCACACAUACACUCACUCACCCACUCACCCACCCAC